UUUUAAUUGUCUCGAAGGGUACAAGAAUGAACACUCGGAGAUCCGCAGCUAGUCGGCUUUUUCACGGCGAAACGAAAGGGUCCUCUUUUGUUGUGUUCUGUCACCGGCAUUUCCCUCUGUCCGGCGCUUCUUCCUUCUUCUCCGGUUUUCUCGAUCUGUCCAGCUUUUGCCUCUUUCGUUUUUCCUCUCUCUGCAUCUGUGUGUGCAUUUCCGGCCUUUUCCUGUCCCUCUUUCUCUUUCCCUCCUCUCUAUCGCCUCUCUGUGUCUCUCUCUAUCGCUUCUCUGUGUCUCCUCUUUUUCUCUCUCCUCUUUUUCUCCGUAUCUCCUCGUCUUCGCUCUGUCCAUCUCCUCUCUCUCUUUUUCGGCCUCCCUUCCGCCUUCUCUUUGCGGUGUCUUCCUCUGACGCUGUCUCUGCCUUGGCCAACGAUGUCCGGAUUCGCUCCACCAAGAGAAGACUUUUUUUUUGAAAACCUCUCUCUUUAAGUCUUCUGAAGAAGCCCUCUGCAUUUGCUUCGCCUCUUCGUUGCGCAAAUAAAACGACAACGCCCGUAGUCGACCGCUGUGUGGUGACUCCUCGGCAUGCCCUUCAAGCGGGAGACAGAGAAGCGUGGAUCGAAGAACAGCAGUCCUAAAAACGACGACACAUAUAUCUACGUAUCCAAAUACACGUAUAUACACAUAAGUAUGUAUACACAUAUAUAUACAUAUAUAUAUAUGAAUUGGUACAUAUUUUAUGUAUACGUACUGUGCAAAUGGAUAUUAUACUCUUUUCUGCUCUGAGGAUGUUUCUCUAGGUGGCUUUCGACGUGUAUGUAUAAAUGCCCAUUUUUGCUGCUUACAUAUGAGCCCAAGAAGCGUAUCGAGUUUCUUUUCUGGUGUCGAUGAGUGAGAGAGAAGGCCGGCAGCGGGCAGACGAAUCAGUCGAUGCGGCGGCGUCCCGGAAUGGGGAGCGAAGCAGGUCGAGUGCAAGAGUCCCCGAAAGGCCGUCUCCGCCAGCCACCGGCAGAACGCCGCGACAGGGUGGAGCACGAUGAAGAGCGAGACUUCUCAAAGGACAACGAGGAGAAGGAGGCGAAUCUGUCGACAUGCAAGAAAUGUCGAUUUCUGCGAGCUCUCCGUUUCUUCGCGGAUGACUGCUUGCCGACGAACGCGGCCCUCAGCCGCCUUCUCGCGUAUUUCCAGAAUGAAGCUGCAGCGAAACGCGAUUCAGAACUUCCGCUAGGUCUGCGGCUGCUCUUUCGAGACGCGCUCGAGAUGUUCAGCGAAGAGCCUCUCUGUCUGCUUGCCCCUGCCGCCCUCGACAAUCCAUUCUUCUCCCAUCCCUGCGCAAAGGCUCCUCGCGCUGCGUCGGCGGAGACGGCAGAUGAGCCGCGAAGGGACUCGGACGAAAGGUGCCCUAACCGAGACCACGGGGAUACGAAAGAAAAAGAGAGAGACAACGGAGACAGGGACGCAGCCGAGGCUAGAAGAGCUGAGGACCUGGUGCAGUCUCAGGUAGAGAAGAACAGCAGGCAACGGCAAGCAGCGCUGCAGCUGGGAGAGGGAGAUUCCGUGGUUUUGUCUCGCGGAGUCGGUGGCAGGUCCUCUGCUGCUCCAUCCUCUGCUGCUCCAUCCUCUGCUGCUCCAUCCUCUGCUGCGGCGUCAGCUUCAGAGACCGUCGCCGAUUGUUCCUCCGCCGUCGCCUUUCGUGCAUCUUCCUCCUCUCUCUCUCCUUCUUCUUCCGCCUCCCCUUCGUCUGCUUCGCUGUCUGUGUCUUCUGCUGCCUCGUCGCAGCGUUCUUCUGCGUCUUCUGCCUCUGCAUGCACUUCGAUGUGCAGGCGCGUUCGCCUGGAGUGGCUCGCCGAGACGAAGGAGAGAGUGGACGCGCUGCAUGCAGCCAGCUGGCGCUCAUUGCAUGCAGGAAAGUGGAGCGACGUUCCGCAGGCCUUCCGGGCGAUCUAUGCCUUCAGCGCGUGCAUGUUGGCUGUGCUCUUCGCAGCCAACGCGGCGGCGGACCUCGAAUGGGGAGUAGAGGCAAAAGCGAUAGCCAGGCAGGACUCGCAGGACACCCUGGGAGACGAGGGAGACCAGGCGUUGCAGAACGAGGGAAGAAGUCGAUGCCGAAGGGGAGAGAUGCCAGGAGAAGUCCCAGAAGACACGCAAGAACUCUCAGGAGAAGAGGAUUCAGACGAAGGGAGAAGAGACCUCGGCGGACAUGGAAGGCGAGAGAAUGGUAACGGGAAGAAGUAUUCGCGUCUCGCGUUCCGCUACGCGGAUCUCGGACUGAUCAUGGGGGGACCGGAAACGCCUGUCUACGAUAUUCUCCAGUCCUUUUUAAACAAAUGCGAAGGUGCUCGGAUUUCGGAUACCUGCCCCUCUUCUUCGUUCGCUUCCGCGUCUUCUUCUUCGUCCUCUCCGCCGUCUUCUUCGCCAUCGUCCUCGUUUUCUGCCUCGCCUGCUGCUUCUCUGUCGGAUGCUCCUCCCCGCAGUUUCGGUGUCUCUUCCAGUUGCGCAAAGAGAAGUCGAAGGCGAGUUGAGCGAAACGAGGAAAGCGGACAUGAAGACCAGAAGGUCAAGGAAGUAGUUCUUCCCUGCACGCGCUGGGGGAUGCGCCGAGUGCCGUCGGUCGAGGCGACUCAACUGUCGCUGUCUGAAUUCCUCUCCCGGGUCUUUGUGCCGCAGAGGCCGCUUCUGAUUCGCGGCGGGGCUUCUCACUGGCCGGCCAUCUCGAAGUGGAGCAACUGGACCUUUCUGAAAGAGAAGCUCGGAGACCGUCUUCUCCCCGUGGAAGUCGGCCAGGCCUACACGGCAGACGACUGGGGCCAGACGCUCAUGCGCGGAGAAACGCUGCUCGCCAGCAUUCUUGAGAGCGCCUGCAGAGGCAAACGGCGUCGCAAAGAAGAUAAACCGACAGGAGACAGUGACAAGCAGGGAGACAGCAAGGUGAAGCAAGAUGAGAUAGAGGACAGUGCGACAGACACAGAGGACAACGAGAUUGAGGAUAGCGGGAGAGACGACGGUGAAAUGGAAACCAGUGGGAGAGAGGAAGCUGAGGUGGAGGAGGAUGAGAUGAAGGAAGAUGAGUUGAAUGCUGAAAAGAUAGAGACAGAACUGUCGACAGAAAAGCAGGGCGCGAGUCCGAGCGCCUCAACUGGGAGGGGACGAGAAAGGACGAGACACGAGACAGAAUGUAUUCGAGAAGGCAGCAGAGACGCAGCGGAAACUGGACUGUCACAGAAGACAACUAUUCGGCGACGCAAACGUCUCAAAACUCUGCACACGAACAUGACGCUUGAGCGACCUACACGAAAACCAAUCCUGUACAUGGCACAGCAUGCCCUGCUCGAGCAAGUUCCGGCACUCGCAGCUGAUUGCCCUACGCCUGACCUCGCUCUCUGUGCUGCUCAGUCUGACACACUCAUCCGCCUCGCGUGGAUCGGACCAAAGGGCACAGUGUCUCCUGCACACACGGACGAAUGGCAGAACUUUUUCGUUCAAGUUGUGGGGUGCAAACGGUUUCAGUUGUAUCCCCCAGAGGCCUCGGCGUCGCUGUACCCUUUUCCAAAGGGGCUUCUCACCAACACAUCGGGUGCGCCUCUUGAGCUUUUCCUUGAAGAAAACGAAGACCAGAAAGACGAGCAGGAGAGCGCAGGAAUGCCGGGAGAGAAAGCAGAACGAAAUCGAAAGCACGGCGAAGAAACGCGAGCUGAGGAGGACGCGGUCGGCCCUCCAGCGCGCCGCCCGCAUCACCGACUGGUUCUUCCUUCGCCUCGAGCAGUGUCUUCUCUGCCUGAGGCGCAGAGCGCAGAGGAAGCGGAAGAGGUGGAGAAGCGAAGCCAAGGACGAGACAAGCAAGAAAAAGAGGGACUUAGGCAGAAGAGGGAUGAAAAAGAGCGUGAGGAAGCAACGCGUGCACCAACAGGAGGAGAUGGCUGCGCGUCACCACCGGAGGGUCGUAGGAAGAGCGAUCGGGAAGCCCUGCGUGAAGAAGGGACUUCGAGAGAAGGCAGAGAGAGAGGCGAAUAUGCGAAGGAAUCGCUGCAUGCGUCGUUUCCGUUGUUUGAUCGAAGAAGAGGCUUCGAGGUGCUCGUAAAGCCGGGGGAUAUCCUCUUCAUUCCGAAACUCUGGUGGCACCUAGUUUUCGCAGAAACGGCUUCUGUGUCGCUCUCCCACUGGGUGAACUAAACGCGUGGAGAGACGAUCCAAGGCGUCAGAGCUCCCUAGACAGUGAAUCCGUCAGCAUGAACUGUGCAGUUCUGCCAAAUAGAGCUCCGCGACUCUCAUGGGAGAUGAACCACACACUGUCUCCAUACGGUCUUAGUCGAGGAUAGAGCGAAACAGAGAGGCUCCCCAGAGGCUACAGAGAAGACGAGAGACACUCCGUUUGUCAGCCUCUCCCGGGAGAAAGCAUGAUGGUCAAGGAAGAAGCCUCGCCUUCGUUGUUUCUUCUCAGUCAUCGUUUCGUUUGUGCGGCCUCGCUGUCUCUGUCCAGUUCAAGUCAACAUUCGCUCUCCUCGGUCUGUGUACACGUCAAUGGGCAUUCUGUCUAUCUUUACGUCUAUCCUCAUCCACUUAUCUAUCCACCUGUGGAUCUGCACCCGUG